AACCCCUAAUUGGCAGGUUAGAUGUUAUGUCUAAAAAAAAUUUUGAGUUAUAUCAUUGUAAAGACAAAUUAAUUUGAAGUCCUUCCAACACUAUAUGUUAAACCACAGGGAAUUAGGAAGAAGAUGCAGGAAAUCCAAAAGAAUAAUGACUGUCCCCAUUUGCUUUCCCGCGGGGGAUACGAUUUGCUAGAAAAGAAGUUGUUAGACGAGAAAAUCAAGAAAAGGCAACGUGACGCACUGAUGACUGAAAAUCCACCACUCAUUGAGGACCCCUCAUCUCCCAUUAAAAGACAUGUCAAGUGGAAGAUGGCACGCACUAACCGAUAUGGGAAGAUGACAUCUGAGGCGGCAAGAAAAAUUGCUGAUAAAAUUGACUCAUUGGAAGAACAAGUGACACAGGGUGAGUUUGUCCCACAGGGUCAUCAAGAUAUACUUAACACGGCCAUAGGGAGACCAGAUCAUGGAGGUCAUGUUCGUGCAGCUGGGUCUGGGGUCACAAUUAGUCAAUACUAUGGGAAGACAUCAUGUGCCUCAACUACCUCAUCCAUAUCAUUCACCAAAGAACAGUUGACUGAAAUAGUAGUAACCAUUAGGGAACAAGUCAGGAAUGAGAUUCAAGAAGAAAAGAAGCGAAGUCUACAGGCUUGGAAAAAUGAGCUGAAGGAUGCCAUCAUUACUGACAUAUUUAAUGGAGAUAAGGUCUCAGCACCGGCUAAUUUUGAUUUAAAUGUGUUAGGUGCACGCGUGAGCACAAAGGAGAGCAAUGCUGAAAUUGUUGUGAACCCGUCUAGGGAAGAACAUGUUGGUCGUGUAACACCACCUAUGGGGUUGUACGUCCAAAGUCAAGAUUGUACAAAGCUGGUGGCGUUGGUAAAAAUUCAUGAUGGACCAUCUACCAUACAUUGCGUAGCGUAUGCAGAUGAUGUCGUAAGGGUUAGCAUCGAAAAAGUAAUUGAUGGUGAAGCUGAAGUUCCAUUUGCGACAUCAGAAAUUAAGUAUGUGAGAGAGGCCCUUAACACAUUCAUUGCAUGGCCAUUGCCUUUGGUAAAACUGGUAUCAAAUGAGGUAGUAUACUUUAUGUUCUGCAAAUUAUUAUCUUUUUAACUGUAUAUUCCAAACUUUUGAACAUUCCUAUAAUGAAUACUUUUGUUGCAUGAUAUAGCAUUCAGGCGUCACUCCAAACAAAGUUGUGAAUGUUGCCAAAUUAAACAAUGAUUUUCCAAAACAGGACCCCUUGCGUGAGUUGAUUAAGACCCUUGUUGAGAUUUACAACAAGUCUAUUGAGUUUGUGUGGGAUCUUACUGAAUUUGGGAUUCCAAAUGUAAAUUCACCAUUGUUCUUAAUGUAUAUUGAUGUCAAUGAAAUAACAUCAGGCGAAAAAUGCUUGAACAUAGCCAUACUUCAAUUAUGGACCAUGUAUAUGAAUGAGUGGAGUAAUGGCUUGGGUCAUUGAUCGGUGUAUGGAUUCCUUGAGCCUCAAUCUAUACACAAUGCAAAGGACAGAUGUGGGCAACGUGAAGAAUAUAUUGAAAACUGGCUUAAGGAAUCGCAACGACAACUGUACAUAGGAGGUUAUUUGAAUGAUGCCCAUUGGCAAAUGGUUGUGUUGUGUCCUAAAGACAAUGUCGUGGUCUAGCUUUGUUCAGUGCAUAGAAGGCCUGAUGUUCAUAUCAAAACUGCAAUUAACAAGAAAUUAAACACGACUGCUGAUGGGAAAGUUCCUAAAACUGCACCCCAGUGGCUUGAACUGAAGAUUCACGUUCAACGCGGAGGCUAUGAGUGUGGGUAUUAUGUGAUGCAUUGGAUGUGGAACAUAAUUGGCGCGGAGUUGAAGAGUGAUUGGAAUGUGUGGUUUGGUGAUGGCUCGGCACUAGACCCGGAGGCGAUCACAACAUUACAUAAAAAAUGGGCAGCUUACUUUUUGAAACUUAGAACCAUCCAAUGUACAAAGCUGUAAUUACAUAACAUGUGGACAUGAACUUUUGGUUGGGUUGAACAA